AUGGCAAUGUCCCAUCUCCCAGGGGGCUCUGCAGGGACAGGAGAGUCCUGGCUGAAAACCAUCAGCCUGGUGAUCCGCAGCACGCAGGGGGCUGAGGAGUUGGUCAGGAAGUUUGAGGAGCAGCUGAAGGAUGUGCAGACCGUGCCGGCUGACCUGCAGGAGCUGGAGGCCAGCAAGGCUGAGCUGAAGCGCCUGCGGGCUCAGGCUGAGAGCCAUCAGCCCUUCUUUGAGACGCUGGAGAGCGACUUGAGCAAGGCCAAGGAAGUGAACGAACGGAUGGUGAGAGGUCACAGCGAGAGGGACGUGGACCUGGACCGGUACCAGGAGAAGGUCCAGCAGCUGCUGGAGCGCUGGCACAGCGUCCUGGCCCAGAGUGACCUCCGUCAGCGGGAAUUGGAUCAGCUGGGCCGGCAGCUCCAGUACUACCGGGAGAGCUGCGAGGGGCUGCGGGGGUGGCUGCAGGAGGCCAGGAGGAGGCAGGAGGAGAUCCAGGCUGUGCCCAUCACCCACAGCCAGGCCGUGCGGGAGCAGCUGCUGCAGGAGAAGAAACUGCUGGAGGAGUGUGACCACAACAAGGAGAAGGUGGAGGAGUGCCAGCGCUACGCCAAGCAGUACAUCGACGCCAUCAAGGACUAUGAGCUGCAGCUGGUCACCUUCAAGGCACAGGUGGAGCCGGUGGCGUCUCCAGCCAAGAAACCCAAAGUGCAGUCGGCAUCUGACAGCAUCAUCCAGGAGUACGUGGACCUGCGGACGCAGUACAGUGAGCUGACCACGCUCACCAGCCAGUACAUCAAGUUCAUCACCGAGACGCUGCGGCGGCUGGAGGAGGAGGAGAAGGCCGCCGAGAAGCUGAAGGCGGAGGAGCGGCAGCGGCUGGCGGAGGCGGAGGCGCAGCUGGAGGCGCAGCGGCAGCUGGCCCAGGCCCACGCUGAGGCCAAGGCGCAGGCGGAGGCGGAGGCGCGGGAGCUGCAGCUCCGCAUGCAGGAGGAGGUGACCCGGCGCCAGGUGGUGGCCGUGGACGCUGAGCAGCAGAAGCAGAACAUCCAGCAGGAGCUGCUGCAGCUGCGGCAGAACUCAGACCACCAGAUCCAGUCCAAGGUGAAGCUGAUUGAGGAGGCCGAGUACAGCCGCAAGCGGGUGGAGGAGGAGAUCCGCCUGGUCCGCCUGCAGCUGGAGAGCACCGAGCGGCAGCGGGCGGGCGCCGAGGCGGAGCUGCAGGAGCUGCGGGCCCGCGCCGAGGAGGCCGAGCGGCAGAAGCGGCAGGCGCAGGAGGAGGCCGAGCGGCUGCUCCGGCAGGUGAAGGAGGAGAGCCAGAAGAAGCGGGAGGCGGAGGAGGAGCUGCGGCGCAAGGUGGAGGCCGAGCGGGCGGCGGCGCGGGAGAAGCAGCGGGCGGUGGCGGAGCUGGAGGAGCUGCGGCUGCAGGCGGAGGAGGCCGAGCGGCGGAUGCGGCAGGCGGAGGCCGAGAAGGAGCGGCAGAUCCGGGUGGCCCAGGAGGCGGCCCAGCGCAGCGCCGAGGCCGAGCUGCAGAGCAAGCGGCUCUCCUUCGCAGAGAAGACGGCGCAGCUGGAGCUGUCGCUGCAGCAGGAGCACAUGGCAGUGGCCCAGCUGCAGGAGGAGGCCGAGCGGCUGAAGCGGCAGCAGGAGGAGGCUGAGCGCUCGCGGGAGGAGGCCGAGAAGGAGCUGGAGCACUGGCGGCAGAAGGCCAACGAGGCGCUGCGGCUGCGGCUGCAGGCGGAGGAGGUGGCCCACAAGAAGACCCUGGCCCAGGAGGAGGCGGAGAAGCAGAAGGAGGAUGCGGAGCGGGAGGCCCGCAAGCGCGCCAAGGCGGAGGAGUCGGCCCUGCGGCAGAAGGAGAUGGCCGAGGAGGAGCUGGAGAAGCAGCGGGAGCUGGCGGAGGGCACGGCCCAGCAGAAGCUGGCGGCCGAGCAGGAGCUGAUCCGGCUGAAGGCCGAGAUGGACAACGGGGAGCAGCAGCGGCUGCUGCUGGAGGAGGAGCUGGCGCGGCUGAAGGCAGAGGUGGGAGAGGCCAUCCAGAAGAGGAAGGAGGUGGAGGAGGAGCUGGCUAAGCUGCGGGCCGAGAUGGAGGUCCUGCUGGAGAGCAAGGCCAAGGCAGAGGAGGAGUCGCGCUCCAGCAGCGAGAAGUCCAAGCAGCGUCUGGAGGCAGAGGCCAGCAAGCUGCGGGAGCUGGCGGAGGAGGCUGCCCGGCUACGGGCCCUCUCCGAGGAGGCCAAGCGGCAGCGGCAGCUGGCAGAGGAGGAGGCGGGCCGGCAGCGUGCCGAGGCCGAGCGCAUCCUCAAGGAGAAGCUGGCGGCCAUCAACGAGGCCUCGCGGCUGAAGGCCGAGGCAGAGAUCGCUCUAAAGGAGAAGGAGGCGGAGAACGAGCGGCUGCGGCGGCUGGCGGAGGAUGAGGGCUACCAGCGCAAGCUGCUGGAGGAGCAGGCGGCCCAGCACAAGCAGGACAUCGAGGAGAAGAUCGCCCAGCUGAAGCGCUCUUCCGAGAGCGAGCUGGAGCGGCAGAAGGGUCUGGUGGAGGACACGCUGCGGCAGCGGCGGCAGGUGGAGGAGGAGAUCCGCGCCCUCAAGGCCAGCUUCGAGAAGGCCUCGGCCGGCAAGAGCGAGCUGGAGCGGGAACUGAGCCGCAUCCGCAGGGAGGCGGAGGAGGUGCAGCGCAGCCGGGAGCAGGCAGAGCGGGAGGCCGAGCGGCAGCGGGCGCUGGCGCUGGAGGAGGAGGGCCGGCGGCGCGAGGCGGAGGAGAAGGUGCGGGCCAUCUUGUCGGCCGAGGAGGAGGCUGGGCGGCAGCGGCGGCUGGCCCUGGAGGAGGUGGAGCGGCUGCGGGCCAUGGUGGAGGAGGCGCGGCGGCAGAAGGAGCUGGCGGAGAAGGAGUCGGAGCGGCAGAUCCAGCUGGCGCGGGAGGCGGCGCAGAAGCGUCUGGAGGCGGAGGAGAAGGCCCACAUGGCCGCCGUGAGGCAGAAGGAGCAGGAGCUGCUGCAGACGCGGCAGCAGGAGCAGAGCCUGGCCGAGCGCCUGCGGGAGGAGGCCGAGCGGGCCCGGCGGGCAGCCGAGGAGGCCGAGCUGGCGCGUGGCAACGCCGAGCGGGAGGCCGGGCUGUCGAGGCAGCGGGUGGAGGAGGCCGAGCGGCUGAAGCAGCGGGCAGAGGAGGAGGCGCAGGCUCAGGCGCGGGCGCAGGCGGACGCCGAGAAGCUGCGGAAGGAAGCGGAGCUGGAGGCGGCCCGGCGGGCGCAGGCCGAGCAGGCGGCCCUGCGGCAGAAGCAGCUCGCCGACGCCGAGAUGGAGAAGCACAAGAAGUUCGCCGAGCAGACCCUGCGGCAGAAGGCGCAGGUGGAGCAGGAGCUGGCCAAGGUGAAGCUGCAGCUGGACGAGACUGACCACCAGAAGGGCAUCCUGGACGAGGAGCUGCAGCGGCUGAAGGAGGAGGUGACUGACGCCGUCCGGCAGAAGGCCCAGGUGGAGGAGGAGCUGCUGAAGGUGCGGGUGCAGAUGGAGGAGCUGGCCAAGCUGAAGAGCCGGAUCGAGGAGGAGAACAAGGCGCUGAUCCUCAAGGACAAGGACAACACGCAGAAGUUCCUGGCGGAGGAGGCCGAGAAGAUGAAGCAGGUGGCGGAGGAGGUGGCCCGGCUGAGCGUGGAGGCUCAGGAGGCUGCGCGGCUGCGGCAGUUGGCCGAGGACGACCUGGCCCAGCAGCGGGCACUGGCAGAGAAGAUGCUGAAGGAGAAGAUGCAGGCAGUGCAGGAGGCCACGCGGCUGCGGGCCGAGGCCGAGGUGCUGCAGAAGCAGAAGGACCUGGCGCAGGAGCAAGCCAAGCGGCUGCAAGAAGACAAGGAGCAGAUGCAGCAGCGCCUGGCCGAGGAGACCGAGGGCUUCCAGAAGACCCUGGAGGCCGAGCGCCGGCGGCAGCUGGAGAUCACAGCCGAGGCCGAGCGCCUCAAACUGCACGUGGCGGAGCUGAGCGCCGCCCAGGCCAAGGCAGAGGAGGAAGCCAAGCGCUUCAAGAAGCAGGCGGAGGAGAUCAGCGGGAGGCUGCACGAGACCGAGCUGGCCACCCAGGAGAAGAUGACGCUGGUCCACACACUGGAGAUCCAGCGGCACCAGAGCGAUGAGGAUGCGGAGAAGCUGCGCAAAGCCAUCGCUGACCUGGAGCAGGAGAAGGAGAGGCUGAAGCAGGAGGCGGCGUUGCUGCAGCAGAAGGCGGAGGAGAUGCAGGUGGCCCAGGAGGCCCAGCGCCGGCAGGAGACGGAGCUCCUCCAGCAGAACUUCCUGACAGAGAAGGACAGCCUGCUGCAGAAGGAGAAGUUCAUCGAGGAAGAGAAAAUGAAGCUGGAGAAGCUCUUCAAAGAUGAAGUAGAGAAAGCCCAGAACCUGAAGGCAGAGCAGGAGCGGCAGCAGAAGGAGAUGGAGCAGGAGAAACAGCAGCUGAAGGCCAUGCUGGACGAAGCUAAGAGGCACCAGCAAGAAGCGGAGGAGAGCGUCCGGCACAAGCAGGAGGAGCUGCAGCAUCUGGAGAGGCAGCGGCAGGAGCAGGAGAAACUCCUGGAGGAGGAGAACAAGAAGCUGAGGGAGAGGCUGGAGCAGAUGGAGGAAGAAUACAAGGCUGCCCUGGCCCAGACACGAGAGAUCAUGAUCCAGACGGACGAGCUGCCCCAGGAGGCAACGGUUACGACGAUGCAGCUGUCGGACGCCCGAGCCGUGCCCAAUGGCCGCGACGCGGUGGACGGCUUGGCGCAGAACGGAGAGCCCGAGUUCGCCUUUGAUGGCAUCCGGCAGAAGGUGUCAGCAGAGAAGCUGUCUGAGGCUGGCAUCCUGAGCCAGGAGAGCCUGGACAAGUUGGCCAAGGGCGUGGUGAGCGUCAGUGAGCUCUCACAGAGGGAGGAUGUCAGGAAGUACCUGCAGGGCAAGAGCAGCAUCGCGGGUUUGUUGAUCAAACCCACCAACCAGAAGAUGAGCAUCUAUGAAGCCAUGAAGAAGCAGUUGCUGAGCCCGGGCACGGCCCUGGUGCUGCUGGAGGCGCAGGCGGCCUCUGGCUUCAUCCUCGACCCCGUGCGCAACGCCCGGCUCUCAGUCAACGAGGCGGUGCGGGAGGGCGUCAUUGGGCCCGAGCUGCACAACAAGCUGCUCUCUGCCGAGCGGGCGGUCACCGGCUACAAGGACCCCUACACCGGGGAGAAGAUCUCCCUCUUCCAGGCCAUGAAGAAGGAUCUGAUCGUCAAGGAGCACGGCAUCCGCCUGCUGGAGGCCCAGAUCGCCACUGGCGGCAUCAUCGACCCCGUGCACAGCCACCGCCUGCCCGUAGAGGUGGCCUACAAGAGGGGAUACUUCGACCAGGAGAUGAGCCAGGUCCUCUCCGACCCCAGCGACGAUACCAAGGGCUUCUUCGACCCCAACACCAAUGAGAACCUCACCUACCUGCAGCUGAUGGAGCGGUGUGUGACUGACCCCGAGACGGGGCUGUGCCUCCUGCCGCUCACCGACCAGGUGGCCAAAGCCGGGGAGAUGGUCUACACUGACAAAGAAGCUAAGGAUGUCUUUAAGAAAGCCACGGUGACAGCACCCUUUGGCAAGUUCCAAGGGAAGACGGUGACCAUCUGGGAGAUCAUCAACUCCGAGUACUUCACUGAGGACCAAAGGCGGGAUUUGAUCCAGCAGUACCGGACCGGCAAGAUCACGGUGGAGAAGAUCAUUAAGAUCAUCAUCACGGUUGUGGAGGAAAGUGAGAAGAAGAGCCAGAUGUGCUUCGAGGGCCUCCGGGCCCCCGUGCCGGCUGCUGAGCUGCUGGACAGCAAAAUCAUCAACAAGGACCUCUACAACCAGCUGCACCAGGGCAAGAAGUCGGUGAAGGACCUGGCGGAGAUGGAAUCGGUGCGGCGCUACCUGAAAGGCACUGACGCCAUUGCUGGCGUCCUGGUGGAGUCAAGCGGCCAGAAGCUGACCUUCUAUGAUGCCCUGAAGAGGAACCUGCUAAAGCCAGAGGUUGCCCUGUCCCUGCUGGAAGCCCAGGCUGCCACCGGAUACAUCAUCGACCCGGUGAGGAACAGUCUGUUCUCCGUUGAUGAGGCGGUGAAGGCCGAGGUGGUGGGGCCAGAACUCCAUGAGAAGCUGCUGUCAGCAGAGAGGGCAGUGACCGGCUACAAGGAUCCCUACACGGGACAGACGGUUUCCCUCUUCCAAGCCCUCCAGAAGGGUCUCAUCCCCAGCGACACCGGGGUGCGUCUGCUGGAGGUCCAGCUGGCCACCGGGGGCAUCAUCGAUCCGGUCAACAGCCACCGGCUCCCGCUGGAGACAGCCUACAAGCGUGGCUACUUGACCCCGGAGAUGAACGAGGCUCUGUCUGAGCUGCAGGGUGACUCCAGGACUUUCUACUGUCCCAACACUCAGGAGCACCUCACCUACGCCCAGCUGCAAAAGAACUGCCACCGCGACCAGCAGACCGGCCUCUGCCUGCUGCCCCUCUCUGACAAAGCCAUCCAGUCCCAGCAGGAGGAGGUCUACACCGACAGCCAGGCCAAGGAGUGCUUUGACAAGGCGAUGGUAGAGGUCCCGGUGGGCAGCAUGAAGGGCCAGACCAUGACCAUCUGGGAGCUGAUCCACUCAGAGUACUUCACAGAGGAGCACAGGAGGGAGCUCCUCCGGCAGUACAAGACUGGCAAGGUGACUAUCGAGAAGAUCAUCAAGAUUGUGAUCACCAUCAUCGAGGAGGCAGAGACCAAAAAGCAGGAGAAACUGACCUUCAGUGGUCUGCGGGCACCCGUCCCCGCCAGCGAGCUGCUGGAGUCCCACAUCAUCAGCAAAGCCCAGUUCGAGCAGCUGAAGGAAGGCAAGAAAUCAGUGAAGGACCUCUCCGAGACAGAAGCAGUGAGGAGAUUCCUCCAUGGCAGCGACUGCAUCGCUGGCGUCUACGUGGAGGCCACCAAGGAGAAGCUGAACAUCUACGAGGCAAUGAAGAGGAACCUGCUGAGGCCCAGCACUGCCAUUGUCCUCCUGGAGGCCCAGGCUGCCACCGGCUUCUUGAUCGACCCUGUGAAGAAUCGGAAGCUGUAUGUCAAUGAGGCUGUGAAGGCUGGAGUCGUUGGGCCAGAACUGCACGAGAAGCUGCUGUCAGCUGAGAAGGCUGUCACAGGGUACAAAGACCCCUACUCCGGGGACACCAUCUCCCUCUUCCAGGCCAUGAAGAAAGGACUCAUUGUCAAAGAGCACGGCAUCCGCCUGCUGGAGGCCCAGAUCGCCGCCGGCGGCAUCAUCGACCCCGUGCACAGCCACCGCCUGCCCGUGGAGGUGGCUUAUGAGAGGGGCUACUUGGACCAGGAGAUGAGCCAGGUCCUCUCUGACCCCAGUGAUGACACCAAGGGCUUCUUCGACCCCAACACCAAUGAGAACCUCACCUACAGGCAACUGAAGGAGAAGUGCAUUGAGGACCCUGAGACCGGCCUGUACCUGCUGCCUCUGCGGGAGCCCGAGAAGCCUUCGGUAGUGGAGACCACCCAGGUGUACACGGAGGCUGAGACACGGAAAGUGUUUGAGGAAACACAGGUGGACAUCCCAGUGGGCAGCAGGGCGGGCUCCUCCAUGUCGCUGUGGGAGAUCAUGCACUCGGACAUGCUGCCUGAGGACCAGCGGAAGCAGCUGAUGGAGGAGUUCCAGUCGGGCCGUGUCUCUAAGGAGCGCAUGAUCAUCAUCAUCAUCGAGAUCAUCGAGAAGACCGAGAUCAUCCGGCAGCAGAAUCUCACCUCCUACGACUACAUCCGGCGCCGCAUCACGGCCGAGGACCUCUACGAGGCCAAGAUCAUUUCCCAAGACAUCUACAACUUGCUGAAGCAAGGCUCCAAAACCUUCCGGGAGCUCCUGGAUGUGGAGACCGUCUGGAAGUACCUCUAUGGCUCAGGCUGCGUGGCCGGCAUCUACGUCCCCUCCUCCAAACAGACGCUCAGCAUCUACCAGGCGCUGAAGAAAGGGCUGAUCAACUCCGAGGUGGCCCGUUCCCUCCUGGAGGCCCAGGCUGCCACCGGUUUCAUGAUAGACCCCAUCAAGAACGAGAUGCUGACGGUUGAUGAAGCGGUCAGGAAAGGCGUGGUGGGGCCCGAAAUCCACGACCGGCUCCUGUCGGCAGAGAGGGCCGUGACCGGUUACCGAGACCCCUACAGUGAGCAGAAGAUUUCCACCUUCCAAGCCAUGAAGAAAGACCUCAUUCCCAGCGAAGAGGCUCUCAAGCUGCUGGAUGCCCAGAUAGCCACGGGGGGCAUCAUUGACCCACACCUGGGCUUCCACCUGCCCCUGGAGGUGGCCUACCAGCGGGGCUUCAUCAACAAGGAGACCUACGACAUGCUGUCCGAGCCCAGUGAGGUGAGAAGCUACGUGGACCCAUCCACGGAGGAGAAGCUGAGCUACACGCAGCUCCUGAAGCGGUGCCGGAAGGACGAGAAGAGUCGGCUCCUCCUGCUCCCCCUCUGCGACACCCGCAGACUCACCUUCCGGGGGCUGCGCAAGCAGAUCACCGUGGAGGAAUUGGUCCGUUCCCAGGUGAUGGACGAGGACACUGCCCAGCGCCUCCAGGAAGGUCUCACCUCCAUCGAGGAGGUCUCCAAGAACCUGAAGAAGUUCCUGGAGGGCACCAGCUGCAUCGCUGGCGUCUUCGUGGACUCCACGAAGGAGCGGCUGUCGGUGUACCAGGCCAUGAAGAAGGGCAUCAUCAGGCCGGGCACCGCCUUUGAGCUCCUGGAGGCGCAGGCAGCCACCGGGUACGUGAUCGACCCCAUCAAGGGCCUCAAGCUGACGGUGGAGGAGGCUGUGCGGAUGGGCAUCGUGGGCCCCGAGUUCAAAGACAAGCUUCUUUCUGCUGAGAGGGCGGUCACUGGCUACAGGGACCCCUACACCGGGAAGCUCAUCUCCCUCUUCCAGGCCAUGAAGAAGGGGCUGAUCCUGAAGGACCACGGCAUCCGCCUGCUGGAGGCCCAGAUUGCCACGGGAGGCAUCAUUGACCCCGAGGAGAGCCACCGCCUGCCUGUGGAGAUAGCCUACAAGAGGGGCCUCUUCGAUGAGGAGAUGAAUGAGAUCCUGCUAGACCCCAGUGAUGACACCAAGGGCUUCUUCGACCCCAACACGGAGGAGAACCUCACCUACCUGCAGCUGAUGGAGCGCUGCAUCACUGACCCGGAGACGGGGCUGUGCCUCCUGCCCCUGAAGGAGAAGAAGCGGGAGAGGAAGACCUCCUCCAAGUCCUCCGUCCGCAAGCGCCGGGUGGUGAUCGUCGACCCUGAGACGGGCAAGGAGAUGUCGGUGUACGAGGCCUACCGGAAGGGCCUCAUUGACCACCAGACCUACCUGGAGCUGUCAGAGCAGGAGUGUGAGUGGGAGGAGAUCACCACCUCCUCCUCUGAUGGGGUCGUGAAGUCCAUGAUCAUCGACAGGCGCUCGGGGCGCCAGUACGACAUCGACGACGCCAUCAGCAAGGGCCUGAUUGACCAAUCGGCCCUCGACCAGUACCGCUCUGGCACCCUCUCCAUCACCGAGUUCGCCGACAUGCUCUCCGGCAACAUGAGCGGCUUCCGCUCCCGCUCCUCCUCAGUGGGCUCCUCCUCCUCCUCCUACGCCGCCAGCCCGGUCCCUUCCCGCAUGCAGAUCUCCAUGUGGAGCGACCCGACAGAGGAGACGGGGCCAGUGGCGGGCAUCCUGGACACGGACACUCUGGAGAAGGUGUCCAUCACCGAGGCCAUGCGCCGCAACCUGGUGGACAACAUCACGGGGCAGAGGCUGCUGGAAGCCCAGGCCUGCACCGGCGGCAUCAUCGACCCCAACACUGGCGACAAGUGCACGGUCGCCGAUGCCGUCAACAAGGGCCUGGUGGACAAGAUCAUGGUGGACCGCAUCAACCUGGCACAAAAGGCCUUCUAUGGCUUCGAGGACCCGCGCACCAAGACCAAGAUGUCAGCAGCGCAGGCCCUGAAGAAGGGCUGGCUCUACUAUGAGGCCGGGCAGCGGUUCCUGGAGGUGCAGUACCUGACCGGGGGCCUGAUCGAGCCCGAGGCCGAGGGCCGCGUCUCCCUGGACCAGGCACUGCAGAAGGGCACCAUCGACGCCCGCACGGCCCAGAAGCUCCGCGACGUCAACACCUACUCCAAGUACCUCACCUGCCCCAAGACCAAGCUCAAGAUCUCCUACAAGGAUGCUAUGGACCGAAGCAUGAUUGAGGAUGGAACGGGCCUGCGGCUGCUGGAGGCCUCCUCCCACUCCAGCAAGGGCUACUACAGCCCCUACAACGUCAGCGGUGCCGGAUCCACCUCUGGCUCCCGCACCGGCUCCCGCACCGGCUCCCGCUCCAGCUCCCGGCGAGGCAGCUUUGACGCCACCGGCUCCGGCUUCUCCAUGACCUUCUCUUCCUCCUCCUACUCCUCCUCCAGCUUCGGCCGCAGAUAUGCCGGGGGUGCUACCGUCGCUUCCCUCGCCGCCUCCCUCCCCAACGCGAGCUGCGGGUGGGAGGCGAGCUGGGGGCGCCAGGAGCUGCCUGGAUCCCGGCUCUGCCUGGCCACCUCUCGUUCCAGUCCUACCGCCCCGGUCCCCGUCCCGGUGCCGCUGGGCCAGCUCCUCACCUGGGUCUCCGGUGUCACCAAGUCCUGGAUGACCCCCAGGGGAGCCCUGGACGCGGCAGCUCCUCGGUCGGGCGCGCCGGCACAGAGCCACUGCACCCUGGACUCCCCCGGACCCCCUGGGGAGAGUGUGGAGGGGUCUUCAGCAGCCAUCGGGGACACCGAGAGACGCAGCGAGGGGCAUCGGGAGGUGCAGGAGCAGCUCCUGGCCCUGCGGCUCUGGCUGGAGGUGGUGGAGCAGGGGCUGCCAGGGCUGCCGGGGCUGCCAGGGCUGCCGGUGCCCAGACAUGGACCCCAGCGGCACAAAGUGGCGCUGGGCGGGGACCUGAGGGGGGUCUCAGUGCCCACCAUGGGGAACGCAGUGAGCCGGCCCAGCUGCCUGGGCCAGAAGAGCCGCCGUCCCGAGGAGCUCCGGCGGGAGCCCCGGGAUGUGGGGAUGGAUGUGGGGCAGCCCCCAGACCCCAGCCUGCCCCAGGCCUGGCCGGGGUCUCUGGAGAAGCCCCCCGGAGUGGGGAAGGGCUGGAGCCCGGUGCCCGCAGCCCCCCGGAGCGGGGUGGGCAGCCCGGCGCUGCGGCGCAGCCGCUCGGAGGUGACGGUGCCCAACGGGGGCACCCCCGGGGUCCUGGUGGGGGGGGCGGCGGUGGCAACGUGGACCCCCCCUCCCCGGGCUGGCGGCCCCCGAGGGACGUGGUCCUGGAAACCCCUGACCACCCGGGAAGUGACGGAGGUGACAGAGGUGACCGAGACCAUCGUGACGGAGAUCGUGGAGGUGACGGAGUACCCGAUGGGCGAGCCCCUGGUCACCCGCACGGUGACGGUGCUGACAGAACUCGUGGCCGGACAGACGGACGCGGCCGAGGUGACUGCGGGACCCUGGCCCUGGGGCACCCUAAAGGUCCCAGCUCGGCUGGUGCCACCAGCAGCUCCAGGGUCCCCACGGGCUGUCCCAGCACUGGAGGUGUCGGGGGGCACGGAACAGGCACAAGACACCCUGGAGAGCCUGCUGGCUUGGGUGGCUGACAUGGAGGAGCUGGUGGGCAACCAAAAGCCCCCCUCGGCGGAGGUGAAGGUGGCCAAGGCCCAGCUGGAGGAGCAGAAGCUCCUGAAGCGGCUGCUGGAGGAGCGGAGGCCACGGGUGGAGAGGGUCUUGCAGGACAUGGAACAUGGCGUGGUCAUGGAACAUGGACUGGGCAGAGAACAUGAAUCCAGCACAGAACAUGGUUUGGGCAUGGAACAUGGAUCUAGCACAGAACGUAGAUCCAGCAUGGAACAUUGCUUGGGCGUGGAACAUGGAUCUAGCACAGAACAUGGAUCCAGCGUGGAACAUGGCUCUGAUGUGGCAGAGGUCUCCAACACUGGUGCAGAACACGGCUCAGACACAGAACACGGAUCUGGCACAGGUCAUGGCCCCAGCAUGGAACAUGGGUUGGACAUGGAACAUGGCUCUGGCGUAGCUCAUGGCUUGGACACGGAACACGGAUCUGGCACAGGUCAUGGCCCUAACACGGAACACGUCUCGGACACAGAACCCGUCUGGGCCGCAGUGCCAAAGGGUCUGGGGGCACGGUGGGAACGGUUGGUGCAGGAGGCUGAGGCCAGGUCCCGGUGCCUGGUGCGGAUCGUGCCAGCAGCCCAGGACUUCCAGGAGGCUCUGGACCCCUUCCAGGAGUGGCUGGUGGCCACCGAGAGGCAGCUGGCCCAGCUCUGGCACCCAGGGGGCUGCCUGGACCGCGUGCGGGAUGCCCACCAGCAGAGCCAGGCGCUGUGCCAGGAGAUUCGCGGGCGGCUGGGCCAGCUGGAUGUGGCCCUGGAGAGGGGACAGCGGGUCCUGGAGAUGGUGACAGGGGAGGAGGCGGUGGUGGCCCAGGAGAAACUGGAGGCACUGCGUCUGCGCUACGUCCUGGUGGGACAGAGCAGCUCCGACACUGAGCAGCGGCUGCGACAGACUCUGGAGGCUUCGUCCCGCUUGGGAACAGCCCAGGAGGACCUGGCCCUCUGGCUGAGCCACCUGGAGAAGGAGCUGGCCACCAGGGAUAGCCAAACGGGUGGUCAGGAGAUGGUCCUCAGUGACAGCGACAGGGAGAAGUUCCAGCAGGUUCUGGAGUCCCAGCGGUGCCGCUCGUCUGGGCUGGCCCAGCGCCUGGAGGAGGUUGGGCAGCUCCAGCUGGAGCCCCCGGCCCUGCGUGCCCAGCUGGCCCAGCAGAAGCUGCUCUCGGCCGAAGUUCUCCUGCACCGGGGGUUGGUGGAGCGGCUGCUGGGAGUCUUGGAGCCCCUCCUGGGGGCCUGGCCCGAGCCCCUGCGCCAGCAGCUCCAGUGGGCGGUGCGGGGGCUGCGGGAGGACACGGAGCAGCUGUGCCAGCGCUGCGGGGCUGUGGCUGCACGGCUGGAGCGGGCACAGGCGCUGCUGGAGCAGUUCAGUGAGGCCCAGGAGGAGCUGGAGCCGUGGCUGGAGGAGGCCCAGGAGCUCGGGGGGCAGCUGGACCCUCACAACAUGGACGGACAGGACCUGAAGGAGCAGCAGGCACUGCUGCAGUGCCUGCGUGAGGCCAUGGCUGAGCACCGUCCUGUGCUGGGGAAGUUGGAGCGGGUGGUGGUGGAGCUGCUGGAGCUGAGCCCGCUGCAGGCCGCCCCGUUGCAGCAGCGCUGGCGUGCGGCUGAGGAGCGGUACGGGGCCCUACGGCAGCGCCUGCGCCGGGCCACCAGCCUGCUGGAGGACACCCUGCCACGCUACAGCCAGCUGUCGGAGCGGCUGUCGCUGCUGCUGGAGAGCCUGGAGCGGGUGCGCAGCCGCCUCUCCAUCCGCCCCUCGGUGCGGGGGGACGCGGGGCAGCUGCGGGAACGGCUGCGGGACACGGGGCUGGCGCUGGCAGAGCUGGAGGAGCUGGGGGGGGGCCUGGAGAGCGUGCGGUCGCAGGGAGGGGACCUGGUGGGGACCCUGCGGGACGCCGGGCUCGACACCGCUGCCACAGGGAUCGAGGAGCGCUCGGGGGAGCUGCUGUCCCUCUGGGGGUCCCUGCGGUGCCGGUGCCAGGAGCAGGAGCAGUGGCUGCGGGACCUGCUGGCCCUGGCCGAGCGGUUCUGGCCCGGUCUGUCUGAGCUGGCGCUGGCGCUUGGGGACACUCAGCACCUGGUGCUGGGCCUGGAGGAGCCUGGAGGGGACCCCGAGGAGAUCCGAGCCCGGCUGCACACCAUGCAGGCGCUGCGGGAGGAGGUGGAUGCUCUGCAGGGUGAGCUGGACGCGCUGGGCAGCCUGGGCGUGGAGCUGAUGUCACACUGCGGGGACACCGACAGACCCGAUGUCACCAGGAGCCUGGACGAGCUCUACUCCUCCUGGCACAAUCUGAACAAAGUGUGGGGCGAGCGCUGCGCCCGCCUGGAGGAGCAGCUCCAGAGCGCCCUGAGCUACCGGGAGGCUCUAAAGAGGCUGUCGGGGUGGCUGGAGGCAGCCGAGCUGCGUGUGACCCAGGAGGGGACAUCCCUGCUCAGCGGGGACCCAGAGAUGGUGCAGCAGCAGCUGGCGGAGCUGAAGGUGCCACGGGGUGGGGAGACAGAGUGGAGGCGGGAGCUGUACCAGUGGAGGGUGGAAGUGGAGUCCCUGCGACACUGGGGGGGUGGGGGGCAGGGGGAGCCCCCAGCCCCGCUCCGGGACCUCCAGCGCCGCUGGGACCGCCUGGAGGAGGAUCUGGGGAGCCGGCAGCACCAGCUGGAGGCAGCGCUGCUGGGCUUGGGGCAGCUGAGACAUCAGCUGGAGGAGCUCCUGGCCUGGCUGGGGACCACAGCCGAGCAGCUCCAGAGACCCCCAGACCCACACCCCGACCUGCAGACCUGUGAGAUCGAGCUGGCCAAGCACAAGGUGCUGAGGAACGACGUUCUGUCCCACGCCCGCACGGUGCAGUCCGUGACCGAGGUGGGGCAGGGGCUGUUGGUGGCCACCCCUGGGGACAACCUGGAGGGGCUCCAGCAGGACCUGCAGCAGCUCCGCCAGCGCUGGGACCUGGUGCAGAGCCAGACUGAGACCCGGCAGCUGGAGCUGGAGAACACCCUCAGCCAGGUGCAGGACCUGAGCCUGGAGAUGACGGAGCUGCUGCAGUGGUUGGAGCAGGUGGAGCUGCAGCUCUGCUUGGCCCCGCCGGGCUGGGGACCCCCCGAGACCACCAAGGAGGAGCUGGCAACACACCUGGAGCUGUGCCGUGCUCUGGAUGCCCGUCAGGAAACCUUUGGGGGUCUGCGGGAUCGGCUGCAGCGGCUGCUGCCCCCAGCCCAUGCCGCCCAGCCCUGCAGCACCCAGCACACCCUCCGCCUGCUGGAGCACAAGUGGAGCAGCGUCCAGGCCCAGGCCCAGCACAGGAAGGAGCGGCUCUCGGAGGGGCUGCGGCUCAGCACCGAAUUCCACGGCACAGCCCAGGAGCUGCUGCGCUGGCUGACCAGGGCUGAGGAGAUCCUGGGGUCCCCCGAGCCCCCCAGUGUCCUCCUGGAUGUUGUCACCACCCAGAUCCAGGAGCACAAGGCCCUGGAGCAGGAGAUGGUGGCCCACGGGGAGCAGCUGAGUGGCCUGGAGGCCAUGGCCGCCCAGCUGAGGGACUUCAGCAGGAAGCAGGACGGGGCUGUCACCCAGACCCUGGUGGUGUCGGUUCGGGAGCGGCUGGGGAAGGUCCAGCAGCGCGCGGCAGAGCGGGGGGCGGCGCUGGAGGAGGGGAGAAAACGGAGCAAAGAGUUCAUGGAGUCGCGGCGGCUGCUGCUGGAGUGGAUGGCGGCGGUGGAGCCGGGGCUGGCGGAGCCACCAGAGGCUGCGGGGACCCGGGAGGAGAUCAAGGGGCAGCUGGCCCAGCACAAGGCAUUCCAGCGCCUGCUGAGAGCCAAGCGCCCGAUGUACGAGGCGACGGUGAGGAGUGGGCGGGCGCUGCGGGAGGCGGCUCAGAGCCCCCGGGACCGCCCCCCCCUGGAGGAGCUGCUGGGGGAGCUGAAGGAGAAAUGGGACGGGAUGUGGAGCAGGGCAGCAGAGAGGCAGCAGAAGCUGGAGGAGAACCUGCUCUUCUCAGGGAAGAUGACGGAGGCUCUGCAGGCCCUGAUGGACUGGCUGUACUGGGCUGAGCCCCAGCUCAGUGAGGACGUCCCCGUCGGUGGGGACCGGGACCUGGUGGGUGACCUGAUGGACAAGCACAAGGUGUUCCAGAAGGAGCUGGGGAAGCGUGCGGGCAGCGUGCGGAUGCUGCAGCGAUGGGUGCGGGACCCGGGGCGCGGAGGGGGCUCAGGGGUCCCGGACUCGCAGUGGCUCCAGCAGCAGGUGGAGGAGCUGGGGGCUCGGUGGGACCUCGUCUGCAGCCUCUCCCUCGGGAAGCAGGAGCGGCUGGAGGCUGCGCUCAGACAGGCAGAGGAAUUCCACAGGCUGGUCCAGAGCUUCCUGGGGCGUCUUGGGGAGUCGGAGAGGAACCUCAGGGUCUGGGGCUGCCCCGAGGAGGAGGCGGCAGCGCAGGAGGGGCAGAGGCAGCUGCAGGAGGUGCUGGAGUCCCUGGAGUGCCAGCAGCUGGAGCUGGAGUGCAUCUCCUGGCUGGGGGAGGAGAUCCUCACCACGUCCCACCCCGACGCCGUCCUCACCAUCAGAUCCUGGCUCACCGUGGUCAAGAGCCGCUUCCAGGAGGUGCAGAGCUGGGCCCAGCACCAGAGCGAGCGGCUGCGGGCACAGGCGGCAGCGAUGGCAGCCGAGAGGGAGGAGAGGAUGCGGCUGCUGGAGUGGAUGGGGGCAGCUGAGGAGGCCCUGGGACUGCGGGACCAAGAGCCCCUGCCCCAAGAGGCCGAGGCACUGGAGGAGCUCAGCACCCAGCACGCGGUCUUUAUGGAGGAGCUGAACCGCAAGCAGCCCGAUGUGGAGAAGGUCACCAAGAGUGGCAAGCAGAAGCUGCCCACUGAGCUGGGACCUCCAGCUGCCCGGCGCCUGGCCACACGCCGCCGCAGCAGUGGGAAGGCGCCAGGGGUCCCGCCGGGGGUGGUCCUAGGGGGUGUGGAGCCGCAGCCCCCCGUGCUGGCCCAGGUCCUGCAGCGCUGGCAGCAGCUCUGGCUCCUGGCACUGGACCGGCAGUACCGGCUGGAGACGGCGCUGCGGCGCCUGCGGGAGCUGGAGGAAUUUGCCCACUUCGACUUCGGGGUCUGGCGGCGCCGCUACGUGCAGUGGAUCGGGCAGAUGAAGUCCCGGGUCCUUGACGUCUUCCGAGGCAUCGACCGGGACCAGGACGGGCGCAUCAGCCAGCAGGAGUUCAUCCAGGGUGUCCUGGCCUCCAAGUUCCCCACCAACGUCCUGGAGAUGAACGCGGUUGCCACCAUCUUCGACGUCAACGGCGACGGUUUCAUCGAUUACUACGAAUUCAUCAGCACCCUGCACCCCCACAGGGACCCCCUGCGCCGCAGCGCCGACGCCGAACGCAUCCAGGACGAGGUCAACAGGCAGGUGGCCCAAUGCAACUGUGCCAAGCGCUUCCAGGUGGAGCAGAUCAGUGCCAACAGGUACCGGUUUGGGGAGUCCCAGCAGCUGCGGAUGGUGCGGAUCCUGCGCAGCACCCUGAUGGUGCGGGUCGGGGGGGGCUGGAUCGCCCUGGACGAGUUCCUGGUGAAGAACGAUCCCUGCAGAGUGAAGGGAAGGACGAACCUGAAGAUCAACGAGAAGUACCUCUCCCCAGAGACCCCGGGAGCCACCAAGUGUGCGGGGACCCCCUCCUCCCCCUCCUCAAAACCCCUCUCCCCGAGCCGCUCCAGCUCCAGCCUCAGCCUCUACACCAGCGCCUCGGCCCCCAGCAGCCCCUUGGCCAGGAAGUCGGUGCUGCGCAGGACGCGAUCCGGUGACCGCUGCCCCCGGCCCCGGGGCUCCCCCCUGCCCGACGGAGCCGAGCUGCAGCCCCCCGCCCCCGAGGAGACCCCGGCUCCGGCCCCCCCAGAGCCCCCUGAAGGGUCCCCUCCGGAGCACUGCAGCCCCUGCCGCUGA